CCCCCUCAGCCCUUCCCUUCACCACCAUCUCACCUAAUAGCAACCACUCAAGAUAAUGGCCUCGAAAAGGGCAUUGGUGAUUCUAGCAAAAGGAGCAGAGGAAAUGGAAACUGUAAUCCCCACUGAUGUUAUGAGAAGAGCUGGGAUCAAGGUGACUGUUGCAGGCCUAACGGGAAAAGAACCAGUACAGUGCAGUCGAGAUGUCUUCAUUUGUCCUGAUGCCAGUCUUGAAGAUGCCAGAAAAGAGGGGCCUUAUGAUGUUGUGGUCCUGCCUGGGGGUAACCUUGGAGCUCAGAACUUGUCAGAGUCUCCUGCUGUGAAAGAUAUUUUGAAGGACCAGGAAAGCAGAAAAGGACUGAUUGCUGCUAUAUGUGCAGGUCCUACUGCCCUUCUGGCACAUGGAAUAGGGUUUGGAAGUAAAGUCACAACACAUCCUUUGGCUAAAGAUAAAAUGAUGAAUGGAGCACACUACUGCUACUCCGAGAGCCGUGUGGAGAAAGAUGGGAACAUCCUCACCAGCCGUGGCCCUGGUACCAGCUUUGAAUUUGGGUUGGCCAUUGUUGAAACGCUGAUGGGAAAGGAAGUGGCCGAACAGGUGAAGGCACCCCUAAUACUGAAAGAGUGAAAUCCUGGUGUGGGACAGGGAGUAGGGCAAUUUUGGAUGGAGAGUCUUGUCCUCUGUAGAAUAACUGUAAGAUGCACUGUUGUAAAUAUAAUUUAAUUGUGGGUGAAAUUAGCAACUUAACAAAUCAACAGUCUUGAUUUCUGGAAAAACUAUCCUCUUAGUAAAAAACCUCGCCACAAAAAAGCAGCCAGUAGCUAAUAAUCUUAGGUCUUGCAUGGCAUUUUAAAAUCACAUGGGAAAAUGUUUGCUGAGUAAAUAAAAAUGAAGCAACC